GUGCCUGUCAAGGGGCCGUUUCUCUCCCCACCCUCCUCCUCCUCCCUUCUUUCCAAAUAUGCUUUUUGCAAGUUUUGAUCUCGUCUCGGCACUGGCUACCCUCGCCGCGUGCUUGGUGUCACUGACUUUGCUGCUGGCCGUGUCCCAACAGCUGUGGCAGCUCCGCUGGGCUGCCACCCGCGACAAAACCUGCAAGCUACCAAUCCCCAAAGGCUCCAUGGGAUUCCCUUUAAUCGGAGAGACCUUCCACUGGCUGCUGCAGGGCUCCUGCUUCCAGUCCUCGCGGCGGGAGAAGUACGGCAACGUGUUCAAGACGCACUUGCUGGGGCGGCCGCUGGUGCGGGUGACGGGCGCCGAGAACGUGCGCAAGAUCUUGAUGGGGGAGCACCACCUGGUGAGCACCGAGUGGCCGCGGAGCACGCGGAUGCUGCUGGGCCCCAACACCGUGGCCAACUCCAUCGGCGACAUCCACCGCCACAAGAGGAAGGUUUUCUCCAAGAUUUUCAGCCACGAGGCUCUGGAGAGCUACCUGCCCAAGAUCCAGCUGGUGAUCAAGGACACGCUGCGGGCGUGGAGCAGCGAGCCCGAGCCCAUCAACGUGUACCACGAGGCGCAGAAGCUGACGUUCCGCAUGGCCAUCCGCGUCCUGCUGGGCUUCCGCAUCCCCGACGAGGAGCUCGGGCGCCUCUUCGAGGUCUACCAGCAGUUCGUGGAGAACGUCUUCUCCCUGCCCGUGGACCUGCCCUUCAGCGGCUACAGGAGGGGAAUCCGGGCCCGGGAGACGCUGCAGAAGGGGCUGGAAAAAGCCAUCCAGGAGAAGCUGCAGAACACGCAGGGCAAGGACUAUGCUGACGCCCUGGACAUCCUGAUAGAGAGCGGGAAGGAGCACGGCAAGGAGCUGACCAUGCAGGAGCUGAAGGACGGCACCCUGGAGCUCAUCUUCGCCGCCUACGCCACCACGGCCAGCGCCAGCACCUCCCUGAUCAUGCAGCUCCUCAAACACCCGCGGGUGCUGGAGAAGCUGCGGGAGGAGCUGCGGAGCAAAGGGAUCCUGCACAACGGCUGCAUCUGCGAGGGCUCCCUGCGCCUCGACAACAUCAACGGCCUGCAGUACCUGGACUGCGUCAUCAAGGAGGUUCUGCGGCUCUUCACGCCCAUCUCCGGGGGCUACCGGACGGUGCUGCAGACCUUCGAGCUGGAUGGUUUCCAAAUCCCCAAGGGCUGGAGCGUGAUGUACAGCAUCCGGGACACCCACGACACCGCUCCCGUCUUCAAGGACGUGGACGUCUUCGACCCCGACCGCUUCGGGCAGGGCCGGAGCGAAGACAAGGAGGGCAGGUUCCACUACCUCCCCUUCGGAGGAGGCGUACGGACCUGUCUGGGCAAGCACCUGGCCAAGCUCUUCCUCAAGGCCCUGGCCAUCGAGCUGGCCAGCACCAGCCGCUUCGAGCUCGCCACCAGGACUUUCCCCAAAAUCACCCUGGUGCCCGUGGUCCACCCGGUUGACGGACUCAAGGUCAAGUUCUUCGGACUGGAUUCCAACCAGAACGAGAUCCUGACGGGCACAGACGCCAUGCUGGGGGCCACCGUGUAAAGCCCGCGCCGCCGGUGGCACCA